AAAUGGCGGAGUAAGUUGUUUUCGUUGCAUUUCACUGCGAAAGUUUUUUUUAAAUAAUUAAAUUAGCAUUGAGAUUAUUUAAUUUAAUAAUAGUGGAAAUAUAAAAUAAGUGAACAAUUUAAUCAAAAAUAUUUGAAAGUAAACAUUAACUAUAGAAAUAGCAACUUUUAGACCUCGGGAAAUAUAUUUACAUUUUUUGCAAUUUAUAACGUCGUACUGUUUUAUUAGAUUUUACCUACUUUUUUAUGUACCUGUAUAAUUUGCCAAUUGUUGGUUAAAAAGUUCUAUAAAAAUUAUUUAUUUAUAUUCAAAUAAUAAUGAAUUACGGGAACAUGAUAAUUGGCAAUGAUCAGUUUCGGAAAAUGGAUUAUUCUCCGAAAUCAUCAUCACCUAGAGGAGGUCGUUCACCUGUAGUUAGUCGACAAGAUUCAUCAGGGACACUAAAAACUACGAUCUCACUAGGGAAAAAUCCUUCAAUAUUACAUAGUGGUCCUUUUUAUCUUAUGAAGGAACCACCAGGGGAAGGAGAAUUAACAGGUGCUACUAAUUUGAUGGCAUAUUAUGGACUGGAGCACUCUUAUAGUAAAUUUAGUGGUAAAAAAGUUAAAGAGCAAUUAUCAUCAUUUCUGCCGAAUUUACCCGCUGUAGUUGAUGGAAUAGGAAAUAUGGAAGGGGCUACGCUCAGAAGCGUAAUUGAGAAGCCUCCAAUUGGUGGAAAAGAACUACUUCCUUUAUCAAGUGUACAAUUAGCAGGCUUCCGUUUGCACCCCGGACCGCUUCCAGAACAAUAUCGUAGUCUUAAUACUCCAGCUAGGAAACAUAAAAACAAACAUAAAAAACAUAAGCACAAGGAGCCGUCAGGUGGCCCAGCUCCCCCACCUCCUCCUCCUCCUAUACCACAAGAAACAGCGAUUAUAGAUCCUGCCACUUUAGAUAUACAUGAAAAGAAACAUAAAAAACAAAAACGACAUGAAGAUGAUAAAGAACGCAAAAAACGUAAAAAAGAAAAGAAACGGAAAAAACAAAGACACAGUCCAGAGCAUCAAGGCUCUAUGAUAAUGCAGAUGCCUCAACAAAAUCUAACGUUUUAAAGAUUUUGAACUGAUAUUUAAUUAAAUAUUUCUAUUUUGUUUUGAGUAAUAUCCAAAAAUUAAUAGAUAUUAAGUAUAUAUACAUAUUUAUAGAUAUACAUG